GUGGAAUCAAAGUGAAAUAAAAUGUAGUACAACAAGGGGGUAUCGAAAUUGGGCUAGGGGUGUAACUAGCAGAUCCAAGGUCUGCCAGGUCCAAACGAAGUGCCGGUCCAUCCGAAGGCCGAAAGAAAACUUCCUACAGUCCACAAGAAGACGUGACUUGGGUGUAUGGUACGGAUAGCAGGUCGUUUAGGUCGUUUGGGCCUUAAGCCCAAACCUAGUCCAAACUCACAUGGCAGCUACCACCAUAAGUCCUUCUUCUGAGUCUCAGACACUCACUGGUCGGUCGCGUUCACUUCUCUUCCGCUUCGGUUCAAACACUCUCGCGAUUCCGAUGAACAUUAAAGAUCAAUCUCCGAUUUGAACUGAGGACUUCAUUAAUUUUACUGCAAGUCUUCACCGAACUGGGACGCAUCACCGUGAAUUGAGACAAACACGAGCUUCUCCAUAAACGCAACAUGACGCUUCUCUCAUCAUGCUUUUCAGUUCUCUCAUCUCGAAUCUCCAGCAAAAUAAACAACAGGAAUUGAAACUACUCGAAGUUCACACAUCCGGAUCUUGAGUUUGUCAAUCGUCGUCUUUACCAUAUUCGGGAUAAAUCGGCAGUGAAAUACCAUCGGCGUAUGAGGAAGAUCGAGCUAUGAAUUACAGUUGAGUCAAAGAGAAAGCUUACCGUAUUUGAGUUCCGGUGCGGUGGAUCUCUGGGAAUCAGUAGACAUGGAAAGACAAAGAAGGAAUACAAAGAAGUACAACUUCAGACAACCAGACUUGAAAGAGCUAAGGAAUUUGACAUCCUAUGUAUUAGAUCCUUUAGGGUUCAAGGCUCGUUUUGGGAAGCUUCUUCCUCUUCUGACUACUCAGGUGGAUGAAGGAUUGAUGAGUGUAUUGGUGCAGUUUUAUGAUCCUUUAUACCAUUGCUUCACAUUUCCGGAUUUUCAGCUUUUGCCCACGCUUAAGAAAUAUGCCUAUCUUGUGGGCAUACCUAUUCUAGAUCAGUUGUCGUUCAGUGGCUUAGAGAGUAGUCCUACUUCUCGAGAGAUAGCUGAUAUGUUGCAUAUAGAUGAAUCACUAAUUGGUGCUCAUCUGACUACCAAAGGUGGAAUUCAAGGUCUCCCUUCUGAGUUCCUCAUUGCUCAAGCUACUAUGUAUGGGAAGGCCAUGAGUGAGGAUGCCUUUGAGGCCAUAUUUAUACUUCUCAUCUAUGGGUUAGUGUUGUUCCCCAACAUCGACAAGUUUGUGGAUGUGAACGCUAUUAGGAUUUUCUCUACUCUUAAUCCCGUUUCGACCCUGUUGGGUGACACCUAUUUUUCUUUGCAUAUGAGGAAUGCAAAGGGUGGUGGUGCCAUUGUGUGCUGUUUGCCUCUGUUGUAUAAGUGGUUUAUUUCUCACUUACCGCAGACAGUCGCCUUCAAGGAGAACAAGGGAUGUCUACGGUGGUCCACGAGACUUAUGUCUCUCGCUAAUGAUGAUAUCUUUUGGUACAACCGUGUGUAUGAUGGUGUGCAGAUUAUCGACUCUUGUGGUGAAUUCUCCAAUGUACCUCUUCUUGGUACACGUGGUGGGAUUAGUUACAACCCUAUUUUGGCACGUCGUCAGCUUGGGUUCCCCCUAAAGGAUAAACCCAAUAACAUUCUGUUAGAAGGUGUGUUCUUUCAGGAGGGUAAAGAUCCCCAAGGCUUGAAGGGCAGAAUGGUCUGCGCUUGGCGCAAGAUUCAUAGGAAAGGAAGGAAGGAGUUAGGUCCUAAGAAUUGUGUCGCUUUGGAGCCUUUCACUGCUUGGGUCAGGAAGAGAGCUUCUGAGUACCUCAUGUCGUACGAGUAUCCGAGACCUACAUCUUUGGUUGAGGUUGGGCCUUCAACCCUCCCUGACCAAGGAGUAGAGGAGUUGAGAGACGAACACCGUUCGCGUGCUUGGAUCCGUGAACGAGAAGAGUUGCUUCAGCAGAUUAAGGAGAAGGAUGCUUUGAUUGAGUUUCUCGAGCAUCAGGUUAUUGAUGAUCCUGAUGAUGCAUGGACUUCUCUACUUCCUCAGUCCUCCAGGUUUUGGAAGAGGAAGUACGAUCGACUCUCCAAGGAGAAGGCAAAUAUGGAGGCAGCCUAUGAGGAGGGGGUGAAGAGGCUUCGUGCAUCUUAUCUUCCUGUGUCUCGAGCUUUAGAUGAUUGUUUCUAGGGAUCCAUAGGAUGAUUAUUUUCCCCUUUCUCUUGUAUUUGGUUACCAAUGCUGUACUUUUUGGUGUAAAAAAUAUUUUCCAGAUAUUAUUGAUGAGGUUGUUUCCAUAUGAGAUAAAAGUGUAAUAUUUCCCAAAAUUUGCAUAUAGAACUCUAAAGUUCCUCUGAAAUAAAAAAACAAAUCAGAUGCACAAGCAUUGCAUGCAUCAUGUGCAUAAGCAGGUUUUGCUCCAGGCUUCUUGUCCUUUGGUCUAACUCUGUGUUCUUCAUUUAUUUUGAAGACAAGCUGACUCACCGGUACUACACCAGAGCCAACUCUUCAAGACUGAUGGAUAAUUUGGAACAAGAGAACCGCGAGCUGAAGGAGGAAGUAGCCAAAUUGACUGCCCUGAUGGAGUCAUUCUUGGCUGCUCAGAGCCAGUCUUCUCCAACACCCACAACUCCUCCCCAGAGGACGGUCAUUUCUGAGAUCGUAACUUCUAUUGUGCCUGCUGCAACAGCCCACUUUGCGCCAUCUAUGCCAGCCGGGUUCCCUUGGGGAAUGCCUGCCAAUUUUAUGCCAGAGGGUUUUUCUCCUACUCUUGCUUCUUUGUCGGCAUCUAGCCCGGUCCUUUCAGUGCCACCUCCCUUCGUGCACACAUUGCCAAGGGUUGAAGAUACCAUCUACCAUCUGAGGGCCCAGAUGUUUAUGAGAAGAUGGAUGAUAUGAAAGACCAAUUCCUUGAGCUUCGCAAGGAACUGAAGACUUUGAGGGGGAAGGACCUCUUUGGUAAGAGUGCUGCUGAGUUGUGCCUUGUGCCCAACGUGAAGAUUCCUAUCAAAUUCAAAGUGCCUGACUUUGAGAAGUAUAAGGGAAACACUUGCCCUCUCAGUCAUCUUGUGAUGUAUGCUCGCAAGAUAUUGACGCAAACUGAUAAUGAUCAACUGCUCAUCCACUAUUUCCAGGACAGUCUGUCCGGUGCCGCUCUCCGGUGGUACAUGGGUCUGGAAAGUUUGAACAUCCGCUCUUUCAACGAUCUUAGCGAGGCCUUCGUCAAGCAAUAUAAAUAUAAUGUGGAUAUGGCUCCUGAUAGGGACCAGUUGAGGGCGAUGUCUCAGAGAGAGAAGGAGACCUUCAAAGAAUACGCCCAGAGAUGGCGCGAAUUGGCAGCUCAGAUAGUGCCACCCCUAGAGGAGAAAGAGAUGACCAAGAUCUUCUUGAAGACCUUGAGCUCAUUUUACUACGAGAGAAUGAUAGUCAGUGCUCCCUCAGACUUCACCGAGAUGGUGAAUAUGGGAAUGAGACUGGAAGAAGGGGUCCGUGAAGGACGUUUAACUCGAGAUGAAGGCUCUUCGGAAAAGAGAUAUGGAAGCUUUGCGAAGAAGGAGGGAGAGGCACAUGCUGUGUCUUCCCAUGUCAAGAGAAGACCCUAUGUGAAGAGGAAGAUUGCUCGCCCAGUCAAUAACCAACAUCAGGUGGCUCAUAUAGCACCUGUUUUCAGGGAAGCUCAACAUUAUCAACAACCACUAACUCAGCAAUAUCAACAACAACAACAGCGUCCACAACAGCAGGCCUACCAGCCUCGAAACAACAACAACAAUGCCAACACCAACUACGAGAGGAAGAGGGUCACCUUUGAUCCAAUUCCGAUGACUUAUGUUGAACUCUAUCCAUCUCUGAUUGAUAAAAAGUUAAUCACUCCGCGAGACCCUCCCGCUGUAGCUACUAACCCCCAGUGGUGGUACAAGCCUGAGCUUCAUUGUGUGUAUCAUUCCGGUGCUCCCGGACACGACGUAGAGAACUGUUAUCCCCUGAAGACCAAGGUGCAAGACCUUGUGAGAAGUGGGAUUUUGUUUUUCGAGGACGUGGGUCCGAACGUGAAGAAGAACCCAUUGCCCGAGCAUGGGAAGUCUGUUAAUAUGGUCCAGGACUGUCCUGGCAAGUACAAAGUUAAAUAUGUCAGCCAUAUCCGACAAUCAUUGGUUGAGUUGCAUCGCUUGUUGUGUGAUUAUAGCCAUUAUGAGCAUGACCACGAUAGAUGCAGAGUCUGUUCUGUUAAUGAGAGAGGAUGUCGCCAGGUGCGCAGAGAUGUUCAAGAGAUGUUGGACGAAGGAGUCAUUGAGAUCCUUCAGAACAGAAAUGUUGACGAAGAUGCUCCCGAAGUCAACGUAAUUUCUCCAGUUUUCCGGAUACCUGAGCCUGUUGUGAUCAAGUAUGAUGGUAGCAAGCAGAAGGCUGCUCCUGCUCUGACUAUCAAGCCAGCCGGACCUAUACCAUACUCCUCCGAGAAAGCAGCUCCUUAUCGCUAUAAUGUUGUAGCAGUAGAAGAUGGGAAAGAGUUGCCCUUGCCCUCUUCGUCUGUUGUUAAUAUUGCUGACGUCAGUGGGUUGACCCGCAGCGGUCGUGUAUUCUCAACUCCGUCAAAGCCUCAAGGUGAGGCUCGAGGAAGUGUUGAUGCUAAUUUUGUUGAACGCCCGAUUGGGAAUGUUGUGAGCGCUCCGAAUCCGGUACUUGCUGUUAAACCCUCCUCUACGUUGAAAACUUCUGCUUCUGCUGGCCCGAGUGGCAAUACAAAAGAAGAUUGUGAUGAGAUGCUAAGGCUCAUCAAGAGAAGCGAGUACAACGUUGUAGACCAGCUCCUACAAACGCCAUCCAAAAUAUCUGUGUUAUCCUUGCUAUUGAAUUCAGAACCACACCGAGAAGCUCUGCAGAAGGUGUUGGAUGUGGCGUACGUGGAUCACGACGUCACGAUAGAACAGUUUGAUAGUAUUGUUGCAAACAUCACCGCUUGUAACAAUUUGAGUUUUUGUGACGCUGAUCUCCCCGAGGAGGGAAGAGACCACAACUUGGCAUUACAUAUAUCUAUGAGCUGCAAGGAUGAUGCCAUGUCUAAUGUGUUGGUAGACACUGGGUCAUCGUUGAAUGUAUUGCCGAAGACCACUCUCGCGAAGUUAUCAUAUCAGGGGCCUCCCAUGAGGCAGAGUGGAGUAGUUGUGAAGGCUUUCGAUGGGUCUCACAAAACUGUGAUUUGAGAGGUUGAUCUCCCAGUCAAAAUCAGACCAAGUGAUUUCCAGAUUACCUUCCAGGUUAUGGACAUUCACCCAUCGUAUAGCUGUCUCCUAGGCAGACCAUGGAUUCACGAGGCUGGCGCCGUGACAUCCAUCCUACAUCAGAAACUGAAAUUUGUAAAGAAUAAGAAGCUGGUGGUGGUAGGGGGAGAAAAGGCUCUCCUGGUAAGCCAUUUGUCUUCCUUCUCUUAUAUAGAUGCUGAGGAUGAAGUUGGAACGCCCUUCCAAGCUUUAUCUAUUGCUGAACUUAUUAAGAAGGGAACUCCUUCAUUUGCUUCCUAUAAAGAUGCAAAGUUGGCCAUUGAGCAUGGUGCAACUGCUGGUUUGGGGCAAAUGAUUGAGUUAGAAGACAAUAAGUCCCGGGCUGGCAUAGGCUAUUCUUCUGGGGUCUUCAACAAGCAAGGUUUGUUCAAGAGUGGGGGUUUCAUCCACACCGGUCAAGAUGAAGAGGCUGCUGCCAUUUUGGAAGAGGAUGAAGAGGAUUCUGGAAAUUUCAUCAUCCCUGGAGGGGUCUGCAAUAAUUGGGUCGCUAUGGAUAUUCCGACAGUUAUCCAUAAGUCAAAGUAAUGUUCAUUGUGUUUAAAAACCCUUCUCCCAUGCCAAAAGGAGAAGUGAUGACAUUGUCGGCGCAUAAAUACAAUGAUGUUUUCAUUCAAUAAAUUCAUGUUAAAUGUUUGUUUUUC